AAGCAGUGGUAUCAACGCAGAAAACUAUUUUUUGAGGUUAGGUUGUUGUGCGAGGUGCAGCAUUUGUAAACAGCAUGGGUAAGAAGAAAAAGGGACGUAGUGCUAAGAAAAAUGUACCCCAGGCGGGUGGAGAGGAGCCCCAGGAGGUGCUACAGGCACCACAUUCCUUUGUCAUCCAUCGGGGACUGCCGUGUCCGAAAUUGAGUGACCUCACGCGUGAUUUCCGGAAGAUAAUGGAACCCUUCACGGCGAUGAAUCUCAAAGAGAGGAAGAGCAACAAGAUUAAGGACUUUGUGAGCCUUUCGGGGGUCUUUCAUGUCUCCCACAUGGCUGUCUUUAAUCGUUCCAAGGAGCAGGUUUCGUGGAAAGUAGCGAGGCUUCCACGAGGGCCCACAUUGACAUUCAAGAUUCAUCAAUUUACGUUGAUGAAGGAUGUAAUUUCGGCUCAAAGGAAGCCCUAUAUUGAUGAUAAAGCCUACGAAUCAGCUCCCCUGGUGGUGCUGAACAGCUUCUCCGGCGAAGGGAAGCAUCUGAAGCUAAUGGCACAGAUGCUGCAAAAUAUGUUCCCAACAAUUAACGUGUCCACCGUGAAGCUGGCACGGAUUCGCCGCUGUGUGCUGUUCUCCUACAAUCCCACCACGAAGCUCAUCGACGUCCGGCACUUUGCAAUCCGCGUCCAGCCCGUUGGUGUCUCCAAGAGCAUCAAGAAACUCAUCACGGGGAAGAUUCCCAACAUGGCACGAUGUGAGGAUAUUGCGGAUUUCAUUGAGAAAGCCAAUGGGGUGUCAGAUUCGGAAUUUGAGGAUGACGAAGCUAAUCACGUUGUCCUGCCGCAGGAUCUCCCCUCGCGUGGGAACAUCCAGAAUCAGAAGUCAGCCAUAAAGCUCCAUGAACUCGGUCCACGGAUGACAAUUCAGCUGAUGAAGAUCGAAGCGGGCUUGUUUAAUGGAGAAGUUCUCUUCCAUGAGCUCGUGGUGAAGACGGAAAAGGAGAAAGAUGCCAUCCGGAGGAAGAUUGAGAAGCGCGAAAGGUUGAAGCAGGAACGGAAGGAGCAGCAGACGCAGAAUAAGCUGAAAAAGGAGGAAGACAAGGAGCGGCAUAAGCAGAAAUGUCUCCAGGGGAUGAAGAAGGAGACGAAGGAAGAGGAAGAGGCGCAAGAGGAGCCCGAAGAUGAUGCUGAAUACUUCAAAGAGGAAGUUGGAGUGGAGCCAGAUCGGGAACUUUUCGCCCCUGCAGACCCAAAACGACCACCCAAGUCCCGGAAACGUCCUGCCGUUGAUCCCAGAUCCAAGGGAAAGGACUCCAAGAAGAGGAAGCUCAACGAUGGACAGCCCGGAAAGCUUGAGAAGCAAAAACCCUUCAGAGCAUCAUCCGGGAAGGCAGGAAAGGGUGGGAAGGUGAAGAAGAAGCCCAAAAGGUCCCGGAAAUAAUUUUAUUUUUGAUAAAAGAAUAAAAAAAAUGUUGUAAAUAAAUUCCUUCCCUCUGUAGCCACUGAAGAAGGCUCUGAACGGAGCCGAAAGCUCUGGAAAA